GACAGACAGACAGCCAGCGUCCCCCACCGCCUGGCUCUUCCAAAGGCCUCUGCCCAUUUGACAGAUGGGGAGACUGAGGCCCAGAGAGUGGCAGGGCCUCGUCCCAGGCUGCACAGCACAGAGGGUGGCCAAGAGUUGGGGGCGCUGGGCAGGCAGGAGAUGGGCAGAGGCCCCCGGCCGCCUGGCUCCUGCUUGGGGGCUUGGCCCAGGUGCUGGCCCAGUUUCCCCGUUACUCGUGUCACGGCCGAGCCACAUCCUGGGGGCUCCGCGGGGCAGGAAGGGGUUUAUCCUGCAGUGUCAUCACCUCCCCCAACCCCCAGGGCACGCUCACAGCCCGAUGCCCCCGGCCCGGCCCAGCCUCGCCCCUUCCUGCUGACUCAGAGUCCCCGCGGAGGCCGGGCGUCCCUGGGAGGCAGGAGUAAGGGUCGCGAGGCCGAGGGGCUGGAUGACCAGGAGGGGACGUUGGCUCUGGGGGACCCGCCGCCCCAGGUUUGAGUCUGGGCGCCGUGGGGCCUCAGCACGUGGCCUCCCCCCCCACCCUGCGUCCUGCCUGCUGGCUCUGCGGUGGGACUGCGGGUGCUCCAGCGUGAUGGCGCAUAGUGGGUGCCUCAUGAGGGCCACCGCAUGGGUGCAGCACCUACUGUGCGCUCCCCGGGGCUCUUGGAGGGAGGGGGCCCGACUUCAGCUCCUGAGCGCCCAGUGUGGGUCUUGCCGCAUCCUCUCGUGUCCAUCAUGCAGAACGGGCCCUCCCCCGCCCCGGAGCUCAGCUGGGGAAACUGAGGCCGGCGGCGGGUGGCCGGGCUGGGGGGGGGGUGGAGGGCAGCCUGGGGCCCCGCUCUCCAGCCUCCCGCCGCUCACCACCGCCCCUCCCUCCCCGGCGCUGCAGGUCUCGGCGCGGAAGAUGGCCGGCGGCGUGGACGGCCCCAUCGGGAUCCCGUUCCCCGACCACAGCAGCGACAUCCUGAGCGGGCUGAACGAGCAGCGGACGCAGGGCCUGCUGUGCGACGUGGUGAUCCUGGUGGAGGGCCGCGAGUUCCCGACGCACCGCUCGGUGCUGGCCGCCUGCAGCCAGUACUUCAAGAAGCUGUUCACGUCGGGGGCGGUGGUGGACCAGCAAAACGUGUACGAGAUCGACUUUGUGAGCGCCGAGGCCCUCACGGCGCUCAUGGACUUCGCCUACACGGCCACGCUCACGGUCAGCACGGCCAACGUGGGCGACAUCCUGAGCGCCGCGCGGCUGCUGGAGAUCCCGGCCGUGAGCCACGUGUGCGCCGACCUGCUGGACCGGCAGAUCCUGGCGGCCGACGCGGGCGCCGACGCCGGGCAGCUGGACCUGGUGGAGGAGAUCGACCAGCGCAACCUGCUGCGCGCCAAGGAGUACCUCGAGUUCUUCCAGAGCAACCCCAUGAACAGCCUGCCCCCCGCCGCCGCCGCCGCCGCCGCCGCCACCUUCCCCUGGUCCGCCUUUGGCGCGGCCGACGACGACCUGGAGGCCACCAAGGAGGCGGUGGCGGCCGCCGUGGCCGCCGUGGCCGCCGGCGACUGCAACGGCUUGGACUUCUACGGGCCGGGCCCCCCCGCCGACCGGCCCUCGGCCGGGGACGGGGACGAGGCCGACAGCAACCCGGGGCUGUGGCCCGAGCGGGACGAGGAUGCUCCCGCGGGGGGCCUCUUCCCGCCGCCCGCGGCCCCGCCGGCCGCCGCCACGCAGAACGGCCACUACGGGCGCGGCGCGGAGGAGGAGGCGGCGUCGCUGUCCGAGGCGGCCCCCGAGCCCGGCGACUCCCCGGGCUUCCUGUCGGGCGCGGCCGAGGGCGAGGACGGCGACGGGGCGGACGCGGACGGGCUGGCGGCCAGCACGCUCCUGCAGCAGAUGAUGUCGUCGGUGGGCCGGGCGGGGGCGGCGGCGGCGGCGGGCGACAGCGACGACGAGUCGCGGGCGGACGACAAGGGGGUGGUGGACUACUACCUGAAGUACUUCAGCGGCGCGCACGACGGCGACGUCUACCCGGCCUGGUCGCAGAAGGUGGAGAAGAAGAUCCGGGCCAAGGCCUUCCAGAAGUGCCCCAUCUGCGAGAAGGUGAUCCAGGGCGCGGGCAAGCUGCCGCGGCACAUCCGCACGCACACGGGCGAGAAGCCGUACGAGUGCAACAUCUGCAAGGUCCGCUUCACCAGGCAGGACAAGCUGAAGGUGCACAUGCGGAAGCACACGGGCGAGAAGCCGUACCUGUGCCAGCAGUGCGGGGCGGCCUUCGCGCACAACUACGACCUGAAGAACCACAUGCGCGUGCACACGGGCCUGCGGCCCUACCAGUGCGACAGCUGCUGCAAGACGUUCGUGCGCUCCGACCACCUGCACAGACACCUCAAGAAGGACGGCUGCAACGGGGUGCCCUCGCGCCGCGGCCGCAAGCCCCGCGCGCGCCCCGGGGGCCCCGACGCACCCACGGGCGCCCCCGCGCCCCCCGGCGCCCCCGCCGCGCCCGGCUCCCCCGACGGCCGGCGCAACGGGCAGGAGAAGCACUUUAAGGACGAGGACGAGGACGAGGACGCGGCCAGCCCCGAGGGCCCGGGCGGCCUGAAUGUAGCGGGCGCGGGCGGCGGGGGCGCAGACAGGGCCCCCGGGGCGCCCGCCGACGGGGGCUUCGCGGCCGGACUCGCCUGAAACCAAAAAAGCGCAGGCGGGAGGGAGAGAGCGGGCCCCCCGCGCCCCCCAGAUCUAUCUAUACCCAGAUCCUAUAUCUCGAGAUAUAUAUAUAUGCAGAUAUAUAUAUAUGCCGCCGCACCGACUCUAGGUAGCGCUUUCCUCCGUUUCCCCUCCACCGUGUCUGCCCUCCACCGGGACCCCCAGCCCCGGCUCCCAUCCCCCCCACCCCGCCAUGGGUUUCGGGGUCGCUGGGGGGGUCUGGAGGGACACGAGGGUUCGGGGCUGGGGGCUCCUCCGAGGCCCCACCCCCCCGCGCGCCCUAGGCCCCGUCGGGGCGCAGGGGGCCGGGCACUGGGGGGCUGCCCCGCGCCCCCUCGCUGGGCUCUCCGAGUCUUUGGGACAAGACCUUAAACGAUGGUUGUCUGCUGUGAGCGGACGUUAAAACGCACCCCGCCCCGCGCCCACCCUCCUUCCUCAGGGCACUUACUAAGUGGGGGGCUCCCCACGGCCCCCCGCCUCCCCCCCCAUCCCCCCGCCUGUGGCCCCCGAUCUCCCGGCCGCUGGGACACGGAUCUAUUUAUUGCCAGGCGCAGAGAAGAAGGGGACGAGCCCAGGGGGGAGUGGGGGCGCCCCCUUCAUGGCACUUACACCCCCGCGGGACCCCCUGGGGCCCGCGCGGGGCGCCCCCGCCACCCCCGGCUGCGCCCCGGCCCCAGGCCGCCCAGAACCCCCCCAAAACGUUUGGAGAUUCAAAACUUUCGGUCUUCCCCUCCCCUGCCCCGAGCCCCCGCCCAAUUUUUAAAGCACUUUUUAGAUUUUUUUUUUCCUCCUUAAAAACAAAAUUUAUAUAUAGAUAUAUAUAUAUAUAUAAAAUAUACUUUUCUUCAGAGGAGCAGGCGAGGGUGUGGGGUGAACUAGCCGACCGCAGAGGGAACCCAGGGUCUCCGGGUGGCAGGGGUGAGGGGAGAGGGUCCACCAGUUCCAGUGUCACAAAAGCAAUAAAACCCAGAUUUUACAAAACGAAAGGAAAAACGAAAACACACACAAAAAAGAAAAAGGAAAAAAAAAAAAAAAAGACCACCGACCACCAA